GCCCGCGCGCCGCCGUUCCCCUCAGCGCCAGCGUCUCCCAGCCUGCGGGCCAAUCAGCUGCCAGCUACCGGGCACAGAUGGGUGACGUAUACAGAGCGCGCCGUUACCCGGGACAGGUUCCUGCCUGUCUGGGCUCAGUUCCCGUAGGUUCCCGGUAGUGCCGGGACACUGCCGUGCUGUCCAGAUUACCCGGGUUGCGAGAUCGAUGAACCCGACCACACCCGUGGCUGUUCCCUCGGCACUGUGCAGAAUUCAGAGCCUUAGAGAAGCAAGGCAGGCAGCGUUCAGGGCUCAGCUCUCUUAGACCUCACUCCUCGCGGCUGACCCACUUUUCACGUGUCCUGAGACUCUUUUAGGGAGGAGGCCGGGAAGAGCAGAUUUGGGGAGGAGAAGGAAUGCUGUUCUUCUGGAAGCAGGGAUCUCCCAGGAUAACAAAUGUUUCAACUCCUGCGAUGAUGGGGUGCAGCCCUGUGUUCGCAAUGCAACACGUGGUGGGUGUGCCCCAUAUACUGGUGCGGAGAACCUUCCUUGGAACGGACCUCCUCACGACAAGGACUCUGUGCAGUCCAGGUCCCAGCCAGCCUAGAGAGAAGCGACCGGAAACUGCAGCUCUAGGGCUGUUUCACCGCCUCCUAGAAUUGGGAAGGACACUGAGCCACAGCGUUCAGCAUCAAGCAGCCUCUACUGCCAAGGCUUGGUGGGACAGAUAUGAAGAGUUCGUGGGACUCAAUGAAGUUCGAGAGGCCCAGGGAAAUGUGACGGAGGCGGAGAAAGUGUUCAUGGUGGCGCGUGGUCUCGUCCGAGAGGCUCGGCAGGGUCUGGAAGCUCAGCAGAGUAAGCUGAAGGAGGUGAGGGACCGCCUGGACCGUGUCUCCAGGGAGGACAACCAGUACCUGGAACUGGCUACUCUGGAGCACAGGAUGCUACAGGAAGAGAAAAGGCUCCGGAUAGCAUAUCUGCGUGCAGAAGACUCCGAGCGAGAGAAGUUCUCUCUGUUCUCUGCAGCCGUGAGGGAGAGUCACGAGAAAGAACGUACGAGGGCUGAGAGGACCAAGAACUGGUCCCUCAUUGGGUCAGUUCUAGGAGCGCUGAUAGGUGUGGCUGGUUCCACCUAUGUUAACCGAGUCCGGCUACAGGAGCUGAAGGCCUUACUCCUGGAGGCACAGAAAGGGCCUGUGAGUCUCCAGGAGGCCAUCCGUGAACAGGCUUCUAGCUAUUCCCUCCAACAGAAAGACAUCCAGGACCUUAUGAUGGAUCUGAAGGGCCUGGUGCACGUUGGGCAGGGCCAGGGCUCCGGGUCACCAACAGGUCCUUCUUCUACCGGAGGAAAAGACACAGAUGGCCUUUCAGCCACCUUGAAAGAACAGCUCAGUCUUUCCCAGCAGGUCUGUUCCUGCCUAGAGGGUUUACGAGAGCAGCUUGAUGGCCUGGAAAAGACUUGCAGCCAAAUGGCUGGGGCGGUUCAGCUUGCAAAGGCUCCGGCACAUCCAGGCGUGGUGGGGCCAGUGGAUGGGGCCCUGCCCAGCUCCUUGCUGGAACAUGGGAGUGUGAUCUUGGCCCUGUCAGAGAUGGAGCAGAGGCUAGAAGCCCAGGCUAACAGGAAUACUAUCUCUAGCACACUGGUCACCUGUGUGACAUUUAUGGCUGCAUUGCCUGUGCUCUACAUGCUGUUCAAGACCAGUUAGCCCUGGGGUCCCUCUUCAGAGGGGCUGGAGGGCGAAUGGAGCUUUUGUUGGUGAUAUAAUGAGUCUUGAGGUACACACAACCUCAGCCUGACUCUGAAUAUCAUCUGAUGGGCUCACCAACAGGUAUAUUUUAUUUUGUAGGUAAUACCUAUUUACAUUAAUUAUCGAAACUUUGUGCAAAUGCCCAAUUAAAAUAUCUAAGAAGUUGUAUUAUUUAAAAGA